AGCAAUCGGAAGGGAGGGAAACUGCUGUUACGGGUGGAGGAGUGGAGAGAGACAUUAAAGGAAACUGGACAAAAUAAGAGUGAAGGAUACAGUGAAAUAAAGAAGAGAGGAGAUAGAAGAAGAACGUGGCCAAGCAUGCGAGAGGAGGAACACUCAAAUGACCAUCCUGAGGGAGGGGUGGUGUCCAGCAAGGAGAACAACAAACGACCACUUUCUAACGCCUGUCCUGUUGUGGUUGCGACGGCGGGGAUCACCGGGCGUAAGCGGCAGAUGGGUGCCCAAAUGGAGGAUCACAUUUCCGCAAUUACACCCACCAUGUCGGCAGACGACGGCAAGGUCAAGCCAGUAGAUGACAUUCAGAGCUACAAUCCUACUGGCCCCAAAAAGCUCAAGAAGAGUCCUCAGCAUCACCCGCUUUCCCUUUCUCCUGCGCCCGGUCCCAGCCCUGAAGGUCUUUCAAGCGGCCUCGAGGACCCACACGGCCAGCGGGUCAUCGCCAACAUCCGGGAGCGCCAGCGGACGCGAUCUCUGAAUGAAGCCUUUGCCUCGUUGCGCAAAAUAAUCCCAACGCUCCCCUCUGACAAACUGAGCAAGAUCCAGACACUUAAGUUGGCGUCACGCUACAUUGACUUUCUGUACCAGGUUCUGCAGAGUGAUGAGAUGGACACCAAGCUGGCAGGAUGUAACUACCUGGCCCAUGAGAGACUGAGCUAUGCUUUCUCUGUCUGGAGGAUGGAGGGAGCCUGGUCAACCAUGUCUGCUGGUCACUAGCCUUGUCUGGAAGCCUAAAAAGUAUGAUGCAAAGGGGCUGAGGAGAUGUCCAAACUGUGUCUGCUCACUAGUGGAUUCACACUACUUGACACCUCGGUUGCGAUCUGGUUGCCUCAAUGAAAAGACAGCGUAACACUUCAUGAGAGGAAGCUUUCACAUGAGCAUUUGUUUGAUUGGUUAUGAACUUAUGAGAUGUAACCGUGGAUUAUUGUCAUUCCACUUGUCUGCUUUUUCCAAAGCAGCUAUCACUGCUCACGAAUGCAAAUGCAAUGAGUUCAAGCAGGGACUGCUAGCUUAUUUAGGGAUUGUUUUCUCUCUUUUUUUCUUUUAACAUGUGUAUUUUGUUUACAUGAAUCACAAUGGAAGCUUUCAUUCAACAUGCAUUCGCUUCAUCAAGCUGAUGGUUAAGGACUCGAUCGUCUUUGACGCUUCAUAGCAGCACAGCUAAUUCUGCUGGAGCCCCCUGACCCAUCAGCUCUCUCAGGUACUGAAGCAUGACAGCUGGUUUCAUCAUCAUUGCCAUCACCCCUGAUUUUAUCACCUUAAAUAAAAUCAGUAUUAUCACUAUUAUCAGUAACAUAACCAUCACCAUAGGUCUACAUACAAUGAGCCAUUUUUUAUUUAACUUUCUUUCUUUCUUGAGGUAGAAAGUGUAUAAAGGUUUGUGUAAUAUCUAUAGAGCAGAGGACUUAAAAGAAAGAAAGAACUGCGAACACCAUACUGAAUGUUGCAAGAGUUGUCAGGCUUUUGACUUUUCCGUGGGCUUUCAGCUCCUGGUUUUCCAACAUUGACAUUUAAGGAAUCCCUGACUACCUCUGAACCUUAGCAAAAGUUGGGGAAAAAAAAAAAAAGCAGCCACGGCUGUCCGUCACUCUGCCUUAAGUUUCUUGUCCAUCCCAAAACCUAGCCCCUUUGUUUCUUUCAGUGCCAAAAAAACCUCUCCCCUUGACAUUCUUUCCUCUCGUUCUGGCCCGAAUUUGCUUGCGUUGCACGAAACCGCGAUACAGCUAGCGAGCUGACGAGGAGGCGUAAUGAAAACAAACGGUCUCGGAAAGCCAUGAAUCAUGUGUGUCACCAUCAAAGGGGAAGGCUGAUGUGGCUCCCUGCUGGGCUCCCAUAAACCACUGGUAGUGAUGGAGGAGGUGAGAGCUGAUUUAUACACACAAAUGUAGAGGUGCACACAUGCAACUAUGCACUUAAAAAAAUACACUUUUUUCAAUAGCAUUUCUAUUGGAGUCCACAUCAUUACCAAAUGAUAUACCUUUCUUUCUAAUAUUGUAGGCUUUUGUUUUGUGAGAUGCAAUGAACAUUAAGUGUAAGGUUUACAGUUAUUUCAAGACAACAGGACUGACAUGCUGUUUGGCUUCAAAGCACAUCCAUGACAAUCCAUUUCUCCCCUCACUGCCAAAAUACAUGAAGACCGGCAACCUAUCAUUAGAACGUCCCAGGGAGGUAGCUAAUGUUUCCAGCUCUUUUAAAGACUUAUGGAGAUAUUUACCGAGCCCCACAGUCGGCACAGUGCGGUCUCUGAAGGCUAGACUUCACUGACAUGUUAGAAGACACUUGACAUUUAGAAAGAAUCCAGUUGUGGGCCA